CGCAAUACGAGAAGUUAUGUGAGGGUACAAUUCCCGAAAUUCAACGUUGCCACCUUGCACCAGUAAUUCUACAGCUGAAGGCUCUAGGAAUUCAGAAUGUCCACAAAUUUCAUUACCUAUCUAGGCCGCCUUCGUGGUCGGUUAUCAAUGCGCUUGAAUUACUCUAUGCUCUUGGAGCUCUGGACGAAAAGUGCAUGCUCACAAAUCCACUGGGUCUUCGAAUGUCCGAGUUUCCCUUGCCACCGAUGCACAGCAAAUGUUUGCUGACAUCAGGCGAUUUCGGAUGCAGUGAAGAAAUCGCCACGAUUAUUGCAAUGCUCCAAGUGCAGGACGUGUUUUUAACGCCGACAAGGAAUAGGAAUAGAUCUGAGGAGGUGAAGCGUCGAUUUGCUGCAGAAGAAGGUGAUCACAUUGCAUAUCUGAAUAUGUAUACGAUGUUCGUUCAGAACAACAAGAGUAAGAAAUGGUGCGGAGAUCACUUUUUGAACUAUCGUGGACUUUGCCGAGCUGAAAUGUCGGCUCAUUUGAUGAGGCUGCGGCGAAGAUGUGAAGUACCACUGGUCUCGGUACGAGGGCAGACCGAUGCCGCGACGAAGAUAAUACGAUGUCUUGUCUCUGGUUUCUUCUCGCAAGCGGCCAGGUAUCAUUACACGGGAAAGUAUGUAACGGUCAAGGAGGAUUUCCGUUUAAUGUCUAUAAAGGAUCGGUGA